UCCACCCUAAAGCAGAAGUACAAUAAAUACUGACUCCGUGGAGCAGACGUGCUUCAAACAGUGGUACGGCUGUUCAUCGUGACACCUUUCUUAAAACCUUCGUUUAGGACUGCAGCAGGAUUUUGUUCAGGAUGAACAGAAAACGACAGGAGGCAGCUGGAGAAAUCAUAGAAGAAAUGGACUAUGUUAAUACAUCGGUAUCCACUGUGGCUAAGACAGCAGCCACCUCAGAUCGGAAGUCUCCAUCCUUCACUCAGUCUUUUCUGCCAAUAGCAGUGUGUUGGGCGAUACUGUUAGUAAUCAUGUCACUUCGUAUCUACUUUACCUCUGUCAUGUCUGAAAACAACGGCAAGCUGAUGUUACAUGUCACAGGGCUGGAGACACAAAACCAGCAGCUGGAAGAAGAACUGAACCAGUUAAAAGAAAAUCAAACGUCUCUGCUGACUGACAAAGACAACCUGAAUCGAGCCUAUGCUGUCUUAGAAAGCAACGUCACAGACCUGAAGUCACAAAACCAGGAAGUGGAGACACAAAACCAGCAGCUGAAAGAAGAGAAGAAGAACUUAACAGCAAGAAUACAAGAGCUGCAGAAACUAUGGAACCAGAACAUCAGUCAAGCUCAGAUGAGCGUUAAUCUCUACUGCCCCAUAAGAAAAGGUCAAAGAAAGUGUAAUCCUUGUCUGCCUGGAUGGAUACCCAAACCACCCAACUGCUAUGCGGUUAAUAACGCUGAGAAGGCUGAUCAGAAAACCUGGGAGAGUGCUCAAGAAAGUUGCAAAGGAAAGGAUUCAGAUUUGCCUGUCAUAGCUAAUGAACAGGAGAAGACAUCUGUUGGUGAACUGCUUUGGAACGGCAUAACAUACAAUGAAUUCUGGAUCGGCCUGAAAGCUGAAAAUGGGAAAUGGAAGUGGCUCGAUGGAAGUGAACUGACUGAUAACUCCUGGAUAGAAGAUCCAGCUACUGUUGGUCAAUGUGCACUUCUCCAUAAGAACAACACAUGGACAUCAGAGGACUGUAAUAAGAAAUAUCAAUGGAUCUGCCAACAGAAGGCUUUAACUCUGACUUGAGAAGGAUCAAAUCAAAUCAAAUCAAGUUAAUUUGUAUAGCCCUUUACAAUAGCCAAACGGUACCCAAAGUGCUUUACAACAAAGCCAUAAAACAAUACACAACAGAUACAUAACAAAUAAAUUCAAU